AAGCAAGAAUUAUUAGAUAGCAUUAAUAAUGAGUUGGAAAGUGACAAAAUAAAUAAUAGAAGUAAAAAUAAAAUGGCAGAUGAAAUAGUAGAUGAAAUAGUUGAUGACAUAGUAAAUAAAAUGAUGGAUAAAAGAGUAAAUAAACAGAUAGAUAAAAUAGAAAUAAAAGAGUAA